AUGAAGGUCGCCAUCAUCGGAGCAGGCCCGAGCGCCCUUGUCACGGCGAAGACGUUGCUCGAAGCUGCGGGAGCCGAUGCAGAGUUCACACCUGCCAUCACCAUCUUUGAGACCGAGGCAGAUAUUGGCGGAACCUUCCGAUAUCGCUCCUACUCGAACGCGACACUCGUCUCGUCCAAGCAACUCACCUCUUUCUCCGACUUUCGUCUUCCGCUCGAACACAAGGACCAUCUCACCCUUGACGAAUACGUUCAGUAUCUCGACGACUAUGCUACGCACUUCAAGCUCAGGCAAAGGUGUGACUUCCGUUUCAGGACCAGUGUGAUCAAAUCGGUCAAGGUUGAAGGUGGCCACCUCUUGCGCUUCCGCUCGUUGGAACCGCAGAACAAGGAUGCUCCCGAUCGCUCCGAGCUCUUCACCCACCUGUGUGUCUGUUCAGGUCUCCAUGUAACACCAGCGCUGCCUCAGAUCCCGGGGCUGCCUCCAACUAUCGAUGGCGACCAGGUGGUCACAGAUCCGAUGGGCUCAGCCGAGACCGUAGCUUCCCGCAUCCCCGAACCCGUCCAACACGCCGCCAAUGCCUCUGAAAUCGUCACCCUCCACUCGUCCCAGUUCAAGGAUCGCUGUCUCUACCGCGGCAAGCGUGUCAUGGUGCUAGGCACCGGCGAGACCGGCAUGGACAUGGCCUAUGAGGCGGUCAAGGCGGGUGCCAAGGAGGUCAUCCUCUGCACAAGAUCCGGAUUCCUCCUCUUUCCAGCUGUUCUCGCCGACUUCGUCGUCUUUGGCAACGUAUUCGACGGCAACCUGCCCAUCGACGGACUCAUUACGAACCUCUUCGAAACCGCUUAUGUCCACCCUUGGGUCGCUGCUGCGCAUGUGCGCUGGUUUGUUUCCGACUUUGUCAUCAAGCGUUUGCUUUGGGUUCUCACCGGUACACAAGCAGGCUGCAAUCAGUGGGUUGGCGAACUAGAUCCGCAUCGUCUGGGUCGAGCUUACACCUUCCUCAACAAGAGCAGCAAAGCCAUGCCCUACAUCAACCGGGGCUGGAAGAGCCGCCCCCGCUUUCUGGAACGCAUCACCAGCUACCUCGAUCCACCCUCGGUCAAACCGGAAGAGGUGUCGAUCGAUCUGGCUCCCUUCCCAGCACGCGUACACGAGGAUGGAAAGGUCGAGUUCGUUCGCAACGGUCGCAAGGAGGACCUCCGCAUGCGCAAUCGCACCGUCAAGCCGGAUGUGGUCGUCUACGCUACGGGCUAUACGCAGCAAUUCGACUUCUUGUCGAAAGAAUAUCCCGUCCCUGCCACCGUUCGUUGCAGAGACGUCUUCGACCCAGAGGAUCCCACUGUAGCUUUCAUAGGCUUUGUGCGUCCUGGUGUUGGCGCCAUCCCCCCCAUCGCCGAGAUGCAGGCACAAAUGUGGACGCUCGUCCUCCGCAACCGCAUUCCCGCACCACUCUCGACGCCGUACUACUAUCUCUUGGUCAAGGAGAACGCCAGGAUCAAGUACGGCGUCGAUUACUCUUCCUACGUAUCCACACUGGCCCGCGACAUGGGCACUGCUCCACCUCUGGGUCAGCUGCUUUGGACGUAUGGUCUGAAAGUGACGUUGAUUUACUGUUUUGGCGCCGCCUUCCCCACCUUCUACCGCCUGCUCGGUCCGUACCGACACCCAGAUGCCAAGCGCAUCGUCGAGACUGAGAUCUACGACACCAUCCGUCGCCGAGGCGUGGUAGGAAACCUCAUGAUGGGUCUGAUCCCCAUGAUUUUCUACGCCUGGGUUAACCUCGCCGCUUUGAUUCUCGAAAAAGUUUGGAACGUCGUCUCUGCACUCACCCGACCUUUUUCAACUACUCUCAAGCGGUCUUCGAAGGCAGGUCAGCAACAGCACGAGCAGGUUUGGCCCAAAGCACGUCGCUUCCAAAGCGAUUUUGAGCCGCUCUCGACGUCGCCGGUCAUUGCAACCAUCAAGGACCCUAGCAACAACAAAGCAGCCGGUCAGACAAAGCCGAGGGGCAAAAUGCUGCGUUUCUUUGCCCUGUUCACCGCGCUGCUAGCCGUGACGGCCCCUGGAGUCGAGGGCAACACCGAGAUUCACACCUUUGGCCCGCUGCUUUGUCGUGCCGAUGAAUACGGCCACUUGGCAGCUAAGGCUGCGGAUCAGCUCUCGUCUAAUUGGCCGGUGCUACGUCCAACAACCUCACCCUCGAUCUUUAGCGUGGUACCCGACGCUCUGUACGACUCCGCAAACCAGCUAAACGACUCGAAAACAGGUGCCUGGCUCGUCCUCGACUUGUCCGACGGCGGAUUGUUUACGCUACCUGUUCCACGCCAGGCCAGCCUCUACUCUGAGCUUAACCCGCGUGAUCGGUGGGUUCGACAACGGAUCGACAGCCUGGCGUGGUUUCUCACGAAAAGGUUUACCAUACGGGCGUCGGUCUCGGCGCAUCUGGCGUUGGACGUACGCAUGCAGCUGUUGGGUCCGGAGGAGGUGUUGCAGCGCGGAGGGGUUGAGUGGAAGGCCGAGCUGGUGGAAACGAAGCAGAUCGUGGAUGAGAGGAAUACGGCGAGCAUGACGCAGACGAGGGCGAGUCUGCCAAACCAUGUGGUGGUUUCGUCAGUCGUGCCGCGUGAGACGGGCGCACCGUCCAAUCCAGGAAAAACGGAGGACACGGUGGUUUUCUCGCAACCGCAAGACUCGGUGGAGCCGGCGGAGAUUCUGGCCAGCGACACGAUCAAUGUCAACCCCGAUGGUGGAAGCGCUCCGCACUUUCCAUGCCCUAAGCUCUUCCUUCAUCUGGUGGUCGAGGAGACGGGGGUACCCAUCCCACCUGCAACAGACCUCUCGCAGUCCUCGUCAGCGUUUGCACCAUGGUUCCAGCUAGCUGAAACGGUGUUUGGUUUACUCGCUUCGGUAGACGAGGGGUAUGAGAGAGACGUAGCCACGGCGCCAAUCCAUCUCACGCUCGAACGGCUGUACGUAGGAGGCGUACCAGCGACCGCGCUGAGCAUGGCAUUGCCGAUGCUGGUGAUGCUGUUGCUGGGGUGGUUCGGUGUUCGACCGUUGUUGGAUGACCUGCUCCCGACACAGGGCAAGGGUGGCAAGGACGAAUAG